AUGGUCACCACAACAAUAACUCUCGAUUUGAUUGAGCAAGGGGUGGCUUAUAUUGAGUCUAUUCUUCCUAAUGGAUUUGCGCCUAAGGUGGGCAUUAUUGGUGGUUCAGGCAUGUGUGGAUUGCAGGGUGCAUUUCACGGUGGAACUCGAGAGAUCUCAUAUGAGACAAUGAGAGAGGCAAUUGGAGACUUCCCUGUCACAACCGUACUGGGACAUCCUGGUAAAUUCCUCUUUGGUCAUAUUGGCGUGACAAAAACUCCCGCUGUCUUGAUGUGUGGACGCACCCACUAUUAUGAGAGCCACGAGCUUCAGAUUGCCACACUGCCUAUCCGCAUCCUGGGGCUUCUCGGAGUGGAGACCCUCAUCAUAACCAAUGCAGCUGGUGGAUUGAGCUCUGAACUCAAGGUCGGUGAUAUCGUGCUCGUCAACGACCAUAUCAACUUCCCCGGACUUGCUGGUUCCAACCCAUUGCGAGGCCCGAAUAUUGGUGCUUUGGGUCCACGAUUCCUGCCGCUCGCCGAUCCCUAUGACUUCGCUCUUGGGCGUGUGGCACACCGAGCUUGGAAAGACCUUAAGCGGGAUGACUGGAAGCUUAAGUUGUUGCAUGAAGGUGUCUAUGGAUUCGUUGCAGGACCCAGUUAUGAGACCAGGGCAGAGUGUAGAAUGCUUGCUAGUAACGGGGUAACUAUGGUUGGAAUGAGCACAGUACCUGAAGUCAUCAUUGCAGCACAUUGCGGAAUUCGUGUUCUCGCAAUGAGUCUCAUCAGCAACGUUUCUGUGAUGGAACCAGGACCUCGUGGUGAUGACCCGGAUUUUGUGGCACGCAGCAACGAGGAGCUCGGACGAUUCAUGAACAAAGACAAAGCCAACCAUGAUGAAGUACUCGAAGCUGCCCAUGGAUAUGUCGACAAGAUCAAGAAUUUGAUCGUCAAGAUCAUCGAGAUUGAGAUGACAAGGUAG